GGAUGCCCUUCAGUAGAGUAGUAGAAGAGGGAGAGAGAGAGAGAGGGAGGAGAGAGAGAACAAUCCAUGGCGACGUUACUUUCGUUCACUCAGGGCGCUUGCUUUUAUAGGCAGCAGCAGCUCUUCAUGGGUCCCAAAUCGGACAGUGCAGGUGGGUCCUAUUACAAGCCGUUGAUUGUCACGGCCAAGGCCAAAACCAGAAGAGAAGACAGAAUUGCGCGCCACAUUCGUAUUAGAAAGAAGGUAGAAGGGACACCAGAACGACCAAGAUUGUGUGUUUUCCGCUCAAACAAACAUAUAUAUGUCCAGGUUAUUGAUGACACAAAGAUGCAUACUCUUGCUUCGGCUUCAACGAUGCAGAAACCAAUGCGCGAGGAGUUUGACUACACCUCUGGUCCAACUAUUGAGGUGGCAAAGAAAGUGGGCGAGACUAUUGCAAAGACCUGUUUGGAGAAAGGGAUCACAAAGGUGGUAUAUGACCGUGGCGGAUUCUUUUACAAGGGACGUAUUCAAGCGCUUGCGGAUUCUGCUCGGGAACACGGACUUGAGUUUUAGACCUCUCUUGUAGUCAGUUUCAAGUUAUUUACUUUUAUUCAGAUUUUCUGGCGUGCGAGUCCAUUAAGUGAGAGGAUGCAUCUGAAAUUAGUAGACAACUCUUUGAAGAGAUGCAAAUCAUCUGCGGCUUCAAACCACCUGCAACCUCCAAUCAUCCGCGGCUUCAAAAGAAUUCUCGCUGUCCCUUGUCUGUUAAUUUUGUCUAUGAUUUUGGCUAAAUUUUUAUAUUUCGCUCAAAAGCUCUAGGUUUCAAGUGUAGAUGUCCAACAUGUGCAUUACUAUUACAAAUCUCAAACAACUUGGGGAUUUUA